AUCUGAGGUGUAGCAGCUCUUCGCACAGGGCAAAAAUGAGCAGCAGCAUCAACAGGUUAAGUGGCACCGAGACCACCCAUCCAGAUGCUUGGCCCAGAAGCCCAGCUCCUCUGAACAUGAACCACUAUGCCAAUAAGAAGAGUGCAGCUGAGAGUAUGCUGGAUGUGGCCCUGCUGAUGGCCAAUGCCUCCCAGCUAAAAGCUGUGCUGGAGCAGGGGCCAAGCUUCCACUUUUACACCCCCACCAUCACCCUAAUCAGCAUCUCUCUGUGUCUACAGAUCACAGUCGGGGUCCUGCUUAUCUUCAUAGUUCGAUGGAACCUGAAUGACGAGCAAAAACACCAGAGGCUGAACUUCAUGGAAAACUUGGCUACAGGUCUGGUGUUCAUCAUCGUGGUGGUCAACGUCUUCAUCACAGCUUUUGGAGUCCAUCGAACAAAUUACAGCAACUGAACAUGCACAC